UAAACCAUUUGCAUAUAUCAUUGGUUUGUUUGGUUAGUGAAUGAAAGGGGAUAGCAUAGCAUCUGGCUUGAAUCUAGAAUCAAAACGAUCAUAGCAUACGUGAUAGAUUCUUCAGCCUUAAUAAAUUUAGCAUGAGAGACUGUGUCCCUAACUCAUUAAUUUAUUUUUUGCUUUACAUUCGAAUUGAUUGAAGGGGGCUCUUCAUGGCCGUAAAAAUGAAAAAUCAAAAGGUAAUGAGUUUAGUAUUACAAGAGCAGAAAUAGCAUGUACGACACGAAAUAGCAUGUCGUUUGAGCGGCUUAUGAGCAACGUUGGAGACCAGCGCCUCCUUAUGACGAGCAGUUUCUUGACGCAACCUCCAUCAGCGACUCAUUAGUCUCUCUAAAAUUCGAACCUUCUACUUUGUUGGUUGCUUUUGCUAUUCAAAAAGGCGAAAAACGGCGCCGUCUAGAGGGUUGCCAUCCCGACCCAGUGUUCGUUGAAGAAGCCCAGCACAAAAAUGUCUGAAACAAUAUCAAACUACGAACUUUAAAACCUCCAAAACUCGUUAGAAUUCAGAAUGUCGGCCUCACAAUCACGUCAAGAGCAGUGGCAAUGGGAAAACGCAGCCGCCGGCGCCGUCGCUGGGUUUGCCACUGUUGCUGCUAUGCAUCCUCUUGACGUUGUCCGUACUAGAUUUCAAGUGAAUGAUGGGCGACUAUCUAAUCUUCCAACUUACAAGAACACGGCUCACGCUAUUUUCACCAUUGCUCGAUUGGAGGGCUUGAGAGGUCUUUAUGCAGGCUUCUAUCCUGCAGUUCUUGGAUCUACUCUUUCAUGGGGAUUAUAUUUCUUCUUCUAUGAUAGAGCCAAACAGAGGUAUUCUAAAAAUAGAGAAGAGAAGCUGAGCCCUGGCCAUCAUCUUGCUUCAGCUGCAGAAGCUGGAGCUUUGGUUAGCUUCUGCACAAAUCCCGUUUGGCUUGUAAAGACAAGAUUGCAGCUUCAAAAUCCUCUUCAUCAAACUCAACCAUAUUCUGGAUUCCAUGAUGCUUUGAGAACAAUAAUGAGAGAGGAGGGAUGGAAAGCGCUUUAUAAAGGGAUUGUUCCUAGCCUUUUUCUGCAGGUUUCACAUGGUGCUAUACAAUUCACAGUGUAUGAGGAACUCCGGAAAGUUGUUGUUGACUUGAAGUCUAGAAAAAGCACAGAGAGUUCUGAAAGCUCUGAGACGGUUUUGAAUUCAAUUGACUAUGCGGCUUUGGGGGCAUCCUCUAAAAUUGUUGCCAUUCUUGUUUCCUAUCCAUUUCAGGUCAUACGAGCUCGAUUGCAGCAACGACCUGGCAUUGAGGGAAUUCCAAGAUAUAUGGACAGCUGGCAUGUUGUGAAGGAAACUGCACGGUUCGAGGGUCUUCGAGGUUUCUACAAGGGCAUCACACCAAACCUUCUAAAAAAUGUUCCUGCUGCUUCAAUAACAUUUGUUGUUUAUGAAAAUGUUCUGAAUCUGCUGAAGUUAGUAAGAAGGAAGGAUUAAACUAUUUCUGUCUGCCAUUCUGUUCAUUCUUUUAGCCACCGUCCACUUGAUCAUUAGGAGGUUGAAAUUGUGGAAUAGAAAUCAUUUGCAUGUAUACUAAACAUGGGUUAGAAAAAGUUAUAAUUUUCCAAAUUUUGACAAAACAGAGUCUCUUAACUGUUUAGCAUUGGACUCCUCUGUUGUACGGACAGUCAUAUACAAUAAGCUCCGGUCGGAAAUCACUAUUCACUCUCCAUAACUUUCAAGAAGCAUGUAACAUGUUUAAUAAUUAAUAUCCUGUUCUUUUUCCCGUA